AUGGCUUCCUACUACAUUAGCAACCCUCACGUCGGUAAUAAAGAGAGCUCGGAGGAUUGGCGGAUUCGCGGCUACAAUCCUCUCACACCGCCCGACCUACUACAACAUGAAAUCCCCCAGACAAGCGCCUCGAAAGCGACGGUCCUACAAGGUCGAGCCGACUGCGUCGCCGUUGUCCAGGACAAAGACCCCAAUCGCCGCCUCCUCGUCAUCAUCGGCCCCUGUUCCAUUCACGACCCGGUCUCCGCACUCGAUUACUGCGACCGCCUGCUCAAGCUCAAGGAGAAAUACAAGGAUGACCUGGUGAUUGUGAUGCGGUCGUACCUCGAGAAGCCGCGCACGACGGUCGGUUGGAAGGGACUGAUCAACGAUCCGGAGAUUGACGGCAGCUUCUUGAUCAACAAAGGUCUCAGACUGAGUCGGCAAUUGUUUGUGGAUUUGACCACCAAGGGCAUGCCACUCGCGAGCGAGAUGUUGGACACGAUCUCACCGCAGUUCCUGGCUGAUCUGCUGAGCAUUGGCGCCGUGGGCGCGCGGACGACCGAGUCCCAGCUCCAUCGGGAGUUGGCAUCGGGUCUGUCCUUCCCCGUGGGUUUCAAGAACGGAACGGACGGAACACUGGGCGUGGCGAUCGAUGCGAUCGGCGCUGUCAGGCAUCCUCACCAUUUCUUGUCGGUCACGAAGCCUGGUGUUGUCGCGAUCGUGGGUACCGUGGGUAACGAGGACUGCUUCGUCAUCCUGCGCGGCGGUACUACCGGCACGAACUAUGAUCGCGAAAGUAUCAGGAAGUCCAAGGAGAAGUUGGUCAGCAAGGGACUGAGUCCGAGGAUCAUGGUCGACUGCUCGCACGGAAACAGUGAGAAGCAGCACAAGAAUCAACCCAAAGUGGCCAAGAUCUUGGCCGAGCAGAUUGAAGAGGGAGAGGAGGGUAUCAUGGGCGUCAUGAUUGAGAGUCAUAUCAAUGAAGGAACCCAGAAAGUACCGCCAGAGGGCAAGGCCGGUCUCAAAUACGGCAUGUCCAUCACCGACGCAUGUAUAGGUUGGGAAGACACGGAAACCGUGCUCGAGUUGCUCGCGACCGCUGUGUCGAGGAGAAGAGAAAAGCUCGGCGCGAAGGGCGCGGACGGUGUCAAUGGUUCGGAUGCAGCUGAGCAGAAUGGGCAUGCAUAA